GAAGCCACCGCCUUCCCCCGGGAGCUGCAGCGCCUGCUCAGGGACACCGAAGCUGCCCUGAAGGGGACAAAUGAGGCGUCCCCCGGCAUCCCUGAGGACUUGGUGGCCAAGGUGGCCGUGGCCGAGCGGCUGUGGGAGGCCAACGCCCGCCUGGCCAAGGAUCACCUGCUGGGGACACUUCAAGACAUCAAGUUCUAUUUCGAUGGUGAUCCCGCCAGCCCCAGUGCCUGUGGGGUGGCCGAGCGGUGCCAAAGAGCCAUCGAGGACAUCCCAAGGCUCCUUCAACCCCCGGAGUGUCCCCAGAGCGUCCCCAAGGUGUCCCCAGUGAGCAUGGAGCUCCAAGAGCUGUCCCCAGCCCUGCUGCAGCCACAAGUGGCCGUGGUGGCCAUCCUGGGCAAGCUGCUGGUCACCCUGCCCAGGCAGAGGGAAAUGAUGCUCGUGUCCUCAGUGAGACUCUACUCAGACUUGGUGGCCUUCACCAGGGGGCUCUGGACCACCCUGUACUGCAUUGAUGGCACCUGGUGGCGCCACAAUGUCACCUCCGAUGAUGAUUAUCCUGUCACCUCCCUGAGCCAGGCCCUGGCCGCCUACAAGAGCACCACAUGCACCACCUGGUUCCAUGUGACAAUGGUGGCCAGCAAGUGGCAGGGGUUGGUGCAUGCGCUUGUGAACAGCUGGGCCCGGCUUGCCAGGGAGGCCACCAAGCUCUGCAAUGCCUGCAGGGACGCGGCCUCUGAGGCGGCCUACAUGGUGGCCCAGGUCAUGGCCCGCACCAGGGAGCUGCAGGACGAGGCUGCCCGUGAUGGGACAGCUCAGGAAAACAUGGUGGAGCUGGGUCAGGCCCUGGGAGGGGAGGAGGAGGCCGAGGUGGUGGCCGAGCAUGAAGCCCGGGUGAGGACAAAGGUCAGCCUGACAACCAGGUACACCAUGGUGAGACAGCGGGUGGAGGUGGCCCUGCGGCUGCUGGAGCGCUUGGUGGCCGCGUGUGACGCAGCCACCGCCUUCCCCCAGGAGCUGCAGCGCCUGCUCAGGGACACUGAGGCUGCUCUGAAGGGGACAAAUGAGGCGUCCCCCAAUGUCCCCGAAGACUUGGUGGCCAAGGUGGCCAUGGCCGAGCAGUUGUGGGAAGCCAACGCCCACCUGGUGAAGGAUCACCUGCUGGGGACACUUCCAGACAUCAAGUUCUAUUUUGAUGAUCGUCCCACCAGCCUCAGCGGCUGUGAGGUGGCCGAGCGGUGCCAAAGAGCCAUCGAGGACAUCCCAAGGCACGUUCAACCACCAGAGUAUCCCCAGAGCGUCCCCUCCGGAUCCCCAGGGAGCGUGGAGCCCCAAGAGCUGUCCCCAGCCCUGCUGCAGCCACAGGUCACUGUGGUGGCCACCCUGGGCGAGCUGCUGGCCACCCUGCCCAGGCUGGAGGAGGAGAUGCAGCCCGUGUCCGCAUUGCGCCUGUACUGGGACCUGAUGGACUUCACCAAGGAGCUCCGGGCCACCCUGCAUCACACUGAUCACACCUGGUGGCGCCGCAAUGUCAUCUGCGACGAUGAUGACCCUGUCACCUUCCUGAGCCGGGCCCUGGCCGCCUACAAGAGCAUGCCAUGGACCCCCUGGGACCAUGUGACAAUGGCGGCCAGCGAGUGGCUGCACUCGGUGGCUGUACUUGAGGAGAGUUGGGCUGAGCUGGCCUGGGCGGCCACCAAGCUCCGCAAUGCCUGCAGGAGGGUGGCAGCUGAGGCGGCAGACAUGGCAGCCACUGCCACCGCCUGGGAAAGGAAGCUGCAGGAGAAGGCUGCCCGUGAUGGGACAGCUCAGGAAAACAUGGUGGCUCUGGGUCAGGCCUUGGGCAGGGAGGAGGGGGCCGAGGUGGUGGCCGGGCAUGAAGCCUGGGUGAGGAGACAGGCCAUGGCAGCUGCCAGCAAGUCAACAGCGGCCCCCAAGGUGAGACAGUGGGCGGAGGUGGCCCUGGGGCUGCUGCAGCACUUGGCAGCAGCGUGUGACGCAGCCACCGCAUUCCCCCGGGAGCUGCUGCGCAGGGUUGAGGACAUCGAGAUCACCCUGGAGGAGAUAGAUGGGGAGUCCUCCGAUGUCCCCGAGGACUUGGUGGCCAAGGUGGCCGAGGCCGAGCAGCUGUGGGAGGCCAACAUCCGCCUGGCCAAGGAUCACCUGCUGUGGACAGUUGGGGACAUCAUCAAGUUCUAUUUUGAUGGUGCUCCCGUCAGCCCCAGGGAAGUGGCCGAGCGGUGCCAAAGAGCCACUGAGGACAUCCCAAGGCUCCUUCAACCCCUGGAGUGUCCCCAGAUCAUCCCCAAGGUGUCCCUAGUGAGCAUGGAGCUCCAAGAGGUGUGA